AGCAAAAGCAGAAGCACAUCAGGGGCGAGUGGCAACAUUAGCAUCGGACUGUCAACAGAAGGUGUUACUGUCGCAUUGACGGGACAGAAUCAGGGGAUCGACCCAUUCGCUCCUGAUCCAAAUGACAGCCACACAAACAAGCGGUGUCGUGGCGGGUUCCUGCUGCCCCGUGUUUCCUGACAGCUCCCAACCAGCCACCACCUAUCAACAAGCUAGCUGCUGCUGCUGCAGGGCUGCUGGGCUUACCUUCAGCACCGGGGUGAGGAACUCCGCCACUCCCAGCGCGGUGCCUUUCACCGAGUUGAUGACGUUCUGCAUCUUCCGCAGCCUCCCGUGGGACAAACCCGACGUUCUCCUUCUCGAAACAGUGAACCUUUACAGGGUCGUUUUCACUUAUUUGGCCAUGGCUGCCUUCACGAGCAGAGAGUGUGCCUGGAGAAGCGAAAUCACAUGAUACGUGUGAACACUUCCGGUAUCGGACUCUCGCGAGACCCACGGCUGUGACAGCGAAGUAAUAGUAAAUAUGUCCGUAAACAUGUGUCAAUGGAUGUUGAACAUUUUAAUAAUAAAUCAUAUUAAAUAGAUUAAAUUCAAACUCUGUCACUGUUUUGCUGUUUGCUAACGCUGGACAAGCAGCUAGGCUAGGCUAGGCUAAGCUAAGCUAAGGGUGUUGGUGCCGCUUCGCCCCCAGCCAGGUGUCAAGAUGUUGGGGCACCCGGUGCGGUCGGUGCUGCGGCAGGCAAGGCUCCUCCGCCGGGCAUUGUGCACUGUCGCCGGACAACAGACACCCCGCUGCGGUGUGUCGGCUAAGAAAUGGACUCAACCCGCCGGGUUCGACACCGGCGUGAAGACUUUCAACAGCCUGACCCAACAGAAAGAGCCGCUGGUCGUGGCCACGGAGGGGGUAGCUACCUGGUACAGCUGCGGACCCACCGUGUACGACCAUGCCCACCUUGGUCACGCCUGCUCGUAUGUCCGGUUUGACAUCCUGCAGAGGGUCCUGUCCAGGCUCUUUGGGAUCACUGUCGUCCAGGCCAUGGUGAUCACUGACAUCGAUGACAAAAUCAUCAAAAGAGGCUGGGAGGAGAAUGCGUCUCCCACCAUCAUAGCCAGAAUGUAUGAGGAGGAAUUCAAGAGGGACAUGCUGUCCUUAAAGGUGAUUCCUCCUGCUGUGUAUUUAAGAGUCACUGAGAACGUGCAUCAUGUUGUCGCGUUCAUCGAGGGCAUCAUCAAGAAUGGACAUGCCUACGCCACAGAAGAAGGUGAUGUGUAUUUUGACAUUCGGUCCAUCGGGGAUCGUUACGGCAAGUUCGCAGGAGCUGUGGAUUCUCAUGGAGAACCUGGCAGCUCAAACAAACGAGACUCCAGGGAUUUCGCUCUGUGGAAGAAGUCCAAACCUCAGGAACCGUACUGGGAAUCUCCGUGGGGCAGAGGGAGACCUGGCUGGCAUAUUGAAUGCUCCACCAUCGCUAGCUGUGUGUUCGGGAGUCAGCUGGACAUCCACUCCGGAGGCAUCGACCUGGCCUUCCCUCACCACGAGAACGAGGUUGCUCAGAGUGAAGCCUACCACCAGUGUGGACAGUGGGCCAACUACUUCCUCCACUCGGGACACUUGCACCUCAAAGGCAGUGCGGAGAAAAUGUCCAAAUCUUUAAAGAACUAUAUCACCAUCAAGGAUUUCCUGCAGUCGUACUCUGCCAAUGAAUUCAGGAUGUUUUGUCUUAUGACGAAAUACAGAUCAGGGAUCGACUACAGUGACAACAACAUGUCAGAGGCUCGGACGUCCAUGGGAACCAUCUCCACCUUCCUCCAUGAUGCUCAGGCCUACAUGCGGGGUCAGCUGCAGUGCUCACCUGUACACGAGGCUUCUCUCUGGGAGAGGUUGGCUGAGACUAAAUCCAGUGUGGUGAAAGCUUUGGCAGAUGACUUCGACACCCAGAGAGCCAUCGGCGCUGUGAUGAAUCUGGUUCAUCACGGAAACCGACAGCUGCAGCCUGUAUCCACGGCUGAUGGAGUGGCUCGGAGCCCUGCAGUAUUCGGAGCGAUGGUGAGCUACAUGAGGGAGGUGCUGGACAUGUUCGGGAUCGAUCUGCUGCAAAGCAAGCAGGCUGAGGUGGCGAGCGGCUCAGGAAAUCUGCAGAGCGUCGUGGAGCAGCUCACUCACUUCCGAAGCGAAGUCAGAGCGGUGGCACUCGCUCAUCGGAACGACCCCGCCACAGCAUCCCUCAGAAACCCUCUCCUCAAGGCCUGUGACACCAUCCGAAAGGACCUGGCGCCGUUGGGUGUUUUGAUAAAGGAUAGAGGAGCCACCUCUACAUGGGAGAUAACUGAAGGAAAACAGAGACAGACUGAACAGAGAGUCCAAGGUCAGGGACAGGAGACAUCCAGCUGAGGUCGGCCUCUGGCUCUGAGAACCACUUAGAGAACUUCAAAUUCAUUGUCAUCAUUAGAAGGUGUAAUAAAUGUUAGGUUAACUGUAAAUACCAGAGUAUAUUCAUUGAAUCAAUGCAAAUUAAAGAGUACAUUUAAA